UAUGAUAACAUUAUAAAAAUCGGAAUGAUUGGGAUGUAUAGAAGCCGAAUCGCUUAUGAUCAGAAUUCCGAUGGUUCUGUAAAUAUUCUGUUCAUACGAUCAAAAGGGAAAAAGUUGAAACGAUGGAUAUCUUUUCAAAACCAGACGAAUUUCACGAAGUCUUGUAUCUACACGUGCGCCCUAAUUGUUACAGGAUUACUAUGCUUAAUGCUUGGAAAUGGCUUCAUUAGAACACUGGUCAACAGUUUCGAAAUUAUGGACAUUAACGGAUCUGGUUCAGAGCAUCGCGGAGAAAUACCUCAAUGGCCAAAUAUGCCAAACCUUGGACUGAAGGACGACGAUGUACUGAAAGCUGCAGCAGAUAACACGCAGAAGGAGACAGUUUCAAUAAUAUAUACUGAGAAACCGAAUGCAUUAAGAGAGGCACGGCACGAAAACACAAAUGGACAUUCUGAGAAUGGCAUACCAAAAGGCUUUAAGGAACAACUAAAAGAAAAAAGAAAUGAAUAUGAUAACAAAGGUCUACCGGCAUUUUUCCUUGAGGAGCAGAAAGAGGCUACAACGGAAUACCUUGACCCUAUGGGAACCUGUGCUCCUACAACAUUUCGGCCUCAGGAAUGGUGGCACAAGCUCUUUGCUAUCAAGAAGAGAGACUAACAAUUCAGUUGGCUUCCGAUCAUCUGAAAUAUUAUUCAAAGAGGAUGAACAAUUUGUUAACAUACCACACGGAAUAAUAUUAUAGAUUGAUAUUUCCUCUAGAUUUCGUGCACACUAAAAAGUUCAUACACUUUAUGACGUGUUCGUUAUGAGCAAGUUCGUCAGCUUCCGGACAGCUGUGGUUAACAGACACAGCGGAAUGGUUCGUGUACAUAUAUAUCAACUAAUAAACAAAUCCUUGUUACACGUAUUUAUAUAAACACACAGGCGUUAAUGUAAAUAAACCUUUUAGCUUAGCAUAACUAUGGUUAAUCUCCUCUUAAUGGACACAAGGUUCAACGAGAGACACACAAUGGGCCGAUUGUUCAGAACUUUGUUAAAGUUAAGAACGUGAUUAAAAUCAUUGUUUUAACCUUUUAAAUCUAUUCUGCUCUGGAGGUUUAAUAGAUACACUUGUGAACUGCAGUAUUUUCAAUAUUGAAGACUUCUAUUUUAGCCGAUUUUAAUUAAAUAUAAUCAAAUCAUUCACGUUAAAAAGUUAACAUAGAUCUUGUAUAUCACGCUGUUUACUUUAACAAAGUUAAGAACAAUCAAAUAUCAUAACACAACAACAUAGAUCAAGAUAAAUAUUCAAAUAUCGUUAUCAAUCAA